GCUGCUCUGCUGUGCCCUCCCCUAACGGCUGCUGAGCCAGGGAAGGCAGUGUUGGCUUGUUACACUGUAUCUGGGCUGCUGCUGCUGCUGAAGUUACACUGUAGCUGACGGUCCCUGUGUCUUGCAAAGAUCAAGGCCGGGGCUGCUGUGUUUACAGGACUUUGCUCACUCAGGACAGUGGCUGGUAGCCAGGGUGGUGCAUGCACGGGGCUAUGCUGGCCUUCAUAGCAAGGAGCAUGGCAAAGCCAUCUGGCUGGCUAAAGCCGGUGGCCUUGAAGAAGCUCACAGGCAGAUACUUGGCCCACCAAGAGGGACUGCCGCAUCUGCCGGUGCCGCCCCUUCAGCAGACCCUGGAUCGCUACCUGCUGGCUCUGCAGCCCAUCAUCAGCGAGGAGGAAUGGACCCACACCAAGGGGCUGGUGGAUGAGUUCCGGAAACCAGGCGGUGUUGGGGAAAGGCUUCAGAAGAGCCUGGAGAGGAGAGCCAGGAAAACUGAGAACUGGCUCUCUGAUUGGUGGCUGAAGACGGCUUACCUCGAAUACCGCCUGCCAGUUGUGGUUCACUCCAGCCCUGGCGUGGUUUUACCUAAACAGGAUUUUGUGGAUCAGCAAGGCCAGCUCAGGUUUGCUGCCAAGCUGAUUGAAGGCAUCCUGGAUUUCAAGACCAUGAUUGACAAUGAGACCUUGCCAGUGGAAUACCUGGGUGGGAAACCUCUUUGCAUGAACCAAUACUACCAGAUCUUCUCAUCCUGUCGCAUCCCGGGCCCGAAGCACGACUCUGUUGUGAACUACGCCAAAGGAAAAAAGUCGCCCUUGCACAUCACUGUGGUUCACAACUUCCAGUUCUUUGAGCUGGAUGUUUACAGCAGCGAUGGGAGCCCCCUCACCACCGAUCAGAUCUUCAUCCAGCUGGAGAAGAUCUGGAACACCUCCCUCCAAACAAACAAGGAGCCAAUUGGGAUCCUCACCAGCAACCACCGAAACAGCUGGGCCAAGGCCUACAACCACCUCAUCAAAGACAAAACCAACAAGGAGUCAGUGCGUUCAAUCGAGAAGAGCAUUUUCACCGUCUGCCUGGAUUCACCCAUUCCCCGGGUGUCUGACGACAUCUACAAGAGCCGGAUGGCAGCUCAGAUGCUGCACGGUGGAGGCAGUCGCUGGAACAGUGGGAACCGAUGGUUUGACAAAACCCUUCAGUUUAUCGUUGCUGAGGACGGCUCCUGUGGCCUGGUGUAUGAGCACGCUCCCUCGGAGGGCCCGCCCAUCGUUGCCCUUCUGGAUCACAUCGUGGAGUACACGAAGAAACCAGAGCUGGUGAGAUCACCCAUGAUUCCUCUGCCAAUGCCCAAGAAGCUACGGUUUAACAUCACCCCAGAAAUCAAGAAUGACAUAGAGAAGGCAAAGCAGAACCUCAACAUAAUGGUGCAAGAUCUGGACAUCAAGGUGAUGGUCUUUCACCACUUUGGGAAAAACUUCCCCAAGUUGGAGAAGAUAAGUCCAGAUGCUUUUAUUCAGAUGGCCCUGCAGCUGGCUUAUUAUAGGAUGUAUGGCCAGGUCUGUGCUACAUAUGAGAGUGCCUCACUGAGGAUGUUCCGCCUGGGUCGGACAGACACCAUCCGCUCUACCUCCGUGGACUCUCUGAAGUUUGUGCAGGCAAUGGACAACCCUAGCAAGCAGAACCAGGAGAAGGUGGAACUGCUGAGGAGAGCUACGCAGGCACACAGAGCUUACACAGAUAUGGCAAUAAAGGGGAAUGCAAUAGACCGUCAUCUGCUAGGCAUGAAGCUUCAAGCCAUUGAGGAUCUAGUGAGCAUGCCAGAACUGUUCAUGGAUACAGCCUAUGCCGUUGCCAUGCACUUCAACCUCUCAACCAGCCAGGUCCCAGCAAAGACAGAUUGUGUGAUGUGCUUUGGUCCAGUGGUUCCAGAUGGCUAUGGAGUCUGCUAUAACCCUAUGGAUGACCACAUCAACUUUGCAAUGUCGGCGUAUAACAGCUGUGCCGAAACCAAUGCAGCCCGCCUGGCACAUUACCUGGAGAAGGCGCUACUGGACAUGCGUCUCCUGCUCCAAUCCACUCCCAAAUCAAAAUUGUAAGAAAUGAACCUGCUUCACAGCUCCUAAGCUUUAGGAGCUGUCCCAUGUGCACAAGAAGCUCCCAGCUCUCCAAAAACUGGGCAACAGAUGGGCUCCAUUAGGAAUCUAGAAGAGCACAUGGCACACAUCUCUCUGCAGAGAAGUUAAGGAGUGGUAAUCUCCAGCUAUCAGACUACAAGGUGAAAGGAAGCAUUGCCUUAUUCCAAGCUACAACUGACAGAGAUCCUUUCCCACAAUGUGCACCUUUCUUCCCUUGAAGGGAUACUGGAGCAACAUAUUUUGAUUGAAUUUACAGUGGAAAGAACAUAGAAAGCACAUUCACCCCAUCCUUCACUCUUCAUCCACUACGGGGAGUAUUCUCCUGGCUGAGUAGGUCUGAGGCCACUUGGAUCUUUCUGCUGUCUCAGGCUUUUGAGGGGUUGGGAAUAUCUUUUUUGGGCCAUGCUAUGCCUCCUGAAGUGGUGUCAUCAGUGCAAUUGAACUUUGGGGUGGGGGGAUAAAUGCCGUAAAUCGGAGGAAAUCCAGUCCUGUUAGGAUGCAUUGUGCUGCUUUUCUAGAAGUGUUUUCCUAACAUAACGUUGCUAGGGGACUGGUCUUUGUGCGCUUUCCACAGCUAGGAAUAGUCCCUUCCCCAUCCUUCUAACACCUGGGUCUUCCCUUUUCCUGCACUUUCUCCACUAACUGUGAAACACCAUUGCUACAAUUGGACUCACUUCCCCUACUCGGGCCUUUUUUUGUGCAUUUUAAGCAUAAAGUGAUGGAUUGCUGGCAGGUCUCCAUCUCAGAGCUUCAGGCUCUUCAAGUGGAGCCUCUUUGGCUUUCUUGUGUUGCUUCUACUAAACUGAUGCAUUUUAAUUUUUUUUUUUUAAAUGUGCAGGCUCUGCUGGCCUUGACUUUAUGCACUUAAAUAUUGUGUAGUGGGGAGGGAUGAUAUAGACCUUGAUGUUGUUUGCAGAACCUGUUCUCUUCAUUCUGCCCCUUCUCUUUCAAAUGGGGAAAAAACGAUGGGAACCAUGUUGACCUUUGUUACUUGCAAACUGAAAUAUCAUGCACUGCUUUCUAUGCUGCAUUUAUUUUAGUCUAAGGAGAUGCUGCUUAAGUAACUUAAUGAGCCCUUCUAAUCAAGUUUCCAAAAAUGCCUCCAGACUGCGUAGGUGACGUAUGUUGGAAUUGAAGGAAAAAAAGGCUGCAGAAUGACACUUCUCCCCUGCCAAGAUUCUGGUAGUAAAGAAAGCACAGGAGUCUACUCUAGGAUGUAUAGACUAUGUCUGUUCAUUGGCCCCAACAACCGCCUUUUCCAUAGGAAUCCGACAGCGCUUCUUCAGCAGAACCUGGUUUCUUCUUGCCUUAAUAUUGUUUAUACCCAUGGUGAUUUAUAAUUUCGCUCUUUCGUGGAAUAUAGUCAUGUCUGUGUUGGUUUGAUUGAACCUUGAGAAAGGAAGGAAUUAUAUAUUUAUAAAUGUGCAAUUUAAAAAAUAUUGUGACACAAGAAGAAAGGAAUAUAAAACCACCAAUAUCUUUCCUAGGGCUGCAUGUGAAACCAUUGACCUACUGCCAUUAGAGAAGAGGGUGCAUUGUUUGCCCCCACUGCUGCUAUUCCUGCAGUGGGAUAAUGGUAGUUCUGCAAGCCCAGAUGUAUGGGUACUGAACCAAGGAAUAGCUUGAGUUUGUAGUCUGUUUUAUCACAUGAACACUUGUCCAUAUCACAAAGCCACCCAACCAGUAGGGUCAUUGCUGCUCUUCUGGUGUUGGGUCUUGAGAGCAUUCACAAUCAAGGUGCCUUGGUAGAGGGCUGUGACCAAUUUGAAGUAUGUUCAUCCUACUAUUAUUGAAAACCUCUCUUUUAUGAGCACUUAGUCACCCCAUCUAAUUUUUUUAUUGAUGCAAACCUGCUCUGUUGUUUUAAAUUCAAAUUCCACCCCCCAACUAAAUAAUGAGGGGAAAGUUUUACUGAAACUCACCUGUACAGCUAACGAUUGUCCAAACCUCCAUUAAAAAAUUUGUUUAAAAAAUAUUAUAAAUGGAAUGAGAUGGUUAGAAAGCAAUGGGAGCAUGUAACGCAAAGCUCUGAGCACAAACACACCUGCUCUAGCUAUCUGAUUCUUCCACAAUGAAUGAGACUGAAAGUUACAAGAGGCCACCCAAAAUCUUAAUCUCUAUUAAUAUUUAUUAUAUGUAAUGAGUACUUACAUAACCAUUUAAGAGACUGCAACCUUCUAGAAGGAAUUGGAAUGGAUAAGGUCUUGCUGGGAUUAAAAAAAAACACUACUUUUUAUGGAGGCUUUUAUUCUGGAAGAGAUUCCUUUAGUCAGAGACAAAGUAAACUUUUUUUUCCUCCCUGUAUGUAAUGAGUCAAUAUAAUGCCUGCUGAUAACUGAUGUUACUCUACUGUGGUCUGUGGCCAGGGGAGACCAAAGACCAAGUGCCUUCAACCAUGGUAUUGCUACAUAUUGGCAUGUCUUAUUAUUACAAGGCUAAUUUCAGAAACUAAGAAUUCUCUCUCCCCCCCCCCCCCCUUCAAUAAGAGAGACAUAAUCACACAAAGGCAAGUGCCCACUGAAAAGGAUGAGAUGGAAGUGCACUCUGCUAAUAAUGGAAAACACAGGGGAUGGGUCUGAUUUUAUUCUUAAGUCAGAUUUAAAGCUGGAGUUUGCAUUGGCUUCCGUGGCAUUUCUCCAGCUGUGGAGCUGAGGUCUUUAUGUGCCAUAUGUAGGGAAACACAAAAGAUCCAGCUUGUGCAGUCUCUCUUCAGAAUUAACAGGGGAGCUGCUAUAUUACAUUACAACUGUUUACAGGGUUUUCUCUUUUAAAAGUGUGUUUUCUCUUGCUGUUGCCAAUUUCAAGCUGUGGCGAUGUCCCUCUGACUUCUCGACUUAUUUUUCAGUGACUGGUUAUUAUGAGUGCCAGAUUUGUUUGAUUGUUAUUAGCUGGUCACUUGCCCAAGAAGUGUCCAUGAUCUUAAAGGCUAUGUAAAAGUUAUGAAGAAACUACUGAUUUACUGAAUUAGGGAAAUAUGUAGAUUUAUAAUGUACAACUAAACUCUUGGAGUGGAGGUGUGGUUGAUGGCACAGCCAGUGACUUUACAUGCUCUGCCAGUUAAAUGCAUUAAAUGUUUUUUUGAUAAUGUAAUUAGUGUCCUGCAAGGAUUGGUGAUGUUCUUCCAACAUAAAUAAUAAAAGUAUAAAUGUUGCCA